AUAUCGGUCACUCUCGAAAGGUUUCCGGUGAUCACGGUAGACGUCGACGCUCCGAUUCUUUCCUUCUGGACACGUGCGAGGUGUACGCAUCCUGGUUCAGCGCUGAUCAAUUUUUGUCAAUUUUAAAUUGAUCAUCUCGACCAAGAAACAAGCUCAGUAAUGGCUAGUCUAAAGGCUGAUCACCCCGAGAAACCCAGUCAGGAAACUGCACCGAUCCAUCGCAUUCGUAUUACUCUGACCUCCCGCAACGUCCGUUCUCUCGAAAAAGUAUGCACCGAGCUCAUCAAUGGAGCAAAAAUACAAAACCUGAAGGUGAAAGGACCUGUCCGUAUGCCGACCAAGAUUCUUAGGAUCACAACACGCAAGACGCCUUGUGGUGAAGGUUCCAAGACAUGGGAUCGUUUCCAGAUGCGAAUCCACAAGCGGGUUAUCGACCUUUAUUCUCCCUCUGAAAUCGUCAAGCAAAUUACGAGCAUCUCCAUCGAACCCGGUGUAGAAGUUGAGGUUACUAUCGCAGACGAAUAAACCAUUGACAUUUAAUUCACAAAAUGUUUUAAUAAAAAUGGAAAAACAGAAAAUAAAGUUUUGAUUCCAGUUAA